AUGGCCGCUGAACAAACUUGGGAAGAAAUCGCUGAAUGGGAAUACGAAGAAGAAGAUAUUGAACUCGCCAAACGCAUUACUGUACAUUCUAUUCCAAAUCCUGUUUCAAUUGAUAUUGAUAAUAUCGCUGGUGAUGGCGUAGAAGACAAUGACGAGGGUGACGAGUAUCAAUUCAUUCAAAACUUUAAAGCACCCACAUACGCUGCUGCAACAAAAUGGGGUACACCGCCACAUACGAAUAAUAGCAGUAAGAAUACCAAGAAUACCGAUAAUACAAACAAUGAAAAUAGCGACUCGUCCUCUUCUUCCCCUGUUUCUCCUGUCGCCACCUUCUCAAAGAAACACAAAGCUGCGAAGAGAAUGGUGGCGCAGAACGAAAUAGCGGCUUCCGACUCAGAGACUUCUUCUGUCACCAUUAACUUUGGAGACGACGAAGCAUCCGACCUUCAUCUUGUCAAUGAAUCUCCGGGUGCGCGUUCAGCUGCACGUCGUGCAAAUGCUCAUGUCCAUAAAUUACAAGCCAAACGACUUCAAGCUCAAUUGGUUAGUACCACAGAAUUGGAAUUUUGGGAGAAUUCUGCACGCGGUGAUACAAAUCGCAAUCCACAGUUUGUGAAAUCGAAAAUCUGUAAGAAAGCCAUGAAGUAUAGUAAAGGGGACAAAAAGGAUAGAAAAGGAUUACAAAAAUUUAAAACUGAAGUUUGGUAA